AUGAAGUAUGGACGGCAACUUCGUCCAUCACCGGUAUCACCAUCUAUUCGUCAAGAAGUAAACGUUCAACUUGACACAAUCAAGACCAUUCCAUCUGAAACAAAGUCUCCUGGUAGCAGCUUACAAUGCAUGACAGCGCUCAAAAUUUUCGCGAUUACAUUUUUCGGUACAGCAACUGCUGUGGCAAUUGCUAUGGGACUCAGUGUUAUUUUCCAGAAUUCUUCAUCUACAAUCGCAGCGACUAGAGAAACAACAACUACUAUUGUUGGUAUCACUUCAACAGCAGCAACGACAACUAUAAUGACAAGUAGGUACUCGUUCGAAUGA